UCCACUUCCGCUUUGGAAGCGAGCGGAUCGACCGGUAGCUGUGGCGUCUGUUUGGCGUCUGUUCAGUGUCAGGACUCAUUGGGAGCCAAGGUGCCCCAAUCCCCUAUUGGCCCAGACUCCUGCCUGCGGUUCCUGUCCACGGCCGUCAUGCCCCGUGGGCAGAAGAGUAAGAACCGAGCUCGUGAGAAACGUCGCCAGGCCCGGACUGAGACCCAGGGUCUUCAUGAUCAGGCCACCACAUCUGGGAGAGAGGAGACCGCCUCCACCUCCCCUCCUGAUGCAGAGAGCGCUCCCUCAAGCUCAUCUGCUGCUGGCACCCCUAAAGGGCCUCAGGGAGCCCAAGGCACCACCAGUGCUGCUACAGGUGCUAUACGCAAAAGAUCUGGUGUCGGUGGCAAAGCACGCUCAAGAGCUGGUGCACGUGGCAAAGCACGCUCAAAAUCUGGUGUAGAUGCCGAGGGCCAAGUUCAGGAAGGUGAAAGUUCCUCCCAGGCCUCAGCUGCUGCUGAGAGUGCUCGCACAGAUCUUCUGGCCAGAAAGGCAGAGAUGUUAGUGCAGUACAUGCUCUAUAAGUAUAAAGUGAAGGAGUUCAUUAAGAGGUCUGAAAUGCUGAAGACAGUCAAUAAAAGGUACAGGGAGCAAUUCCCUGAGAUCCUCAGCAGGGCCUCUGAGCGCAUGGAGCUGGUGUUUGGCCUGGUGCUGAAGGAAGUCAAGCCCAACAGUCACUCCUAUACUCUGGUGAGCAACCUAGAUCUCUGCUACAGUGACUCUAUGAGAGGUGAUUGGGGGCUGCCGAAGAAUGGUCUUCUGAUGCCUCUGCUAGGUGUCAUCUACCUGAAUGACAACCAUGCCCCUGAAGAGAAGAUCUGGAAGUUCCUGAAUAUGCUGGGCAUCUAUGAUGGAAGAAAUCACUUCAUCUUUGGAGAGCCCAGGAAGCUCAUCACAGAAGAUCUGGUGCGGGAAGAGUUCCUGGAGUACCGCCAGGUGCCCGGCAGCGAUCCCCCUCGCUAUGAGUUCCUGUGGGGUCCUAAAGUGCUCACAGAAUCCGGCAAGACGAAAGUCCUGGAGUUUUUGGCCAAGGUCCACCGUUCCGCCAAUACUGCCCUCCAGCUGAAUUAUGAGGAGGCUUGGAGAGAGGAAGGAGAGAGCACCAGAGCCAGAGCUGCAGCCAGUGCUGGCCCUUCUGCCUCAGCCAGUGCUGGCCCUUCUGCCUCAACUGGGCCUGGCACUACCGCCUCAGCCACUGCUGGCCCUUCUUCCUCGGCUACUGUGCACCCCAGGGCCGCAUCCAGCCGCUCAUCUCGCCCCUAGUGUGGUCUGAAACCCGUUGUUCACUCUGUGGCCGGAGAAGCCUGUCAACCUGUGUUCCUGAUAUGCAUCAAUAAUUUGUUGACUUUAUGUCCCCCAAUUUCCAGUUCUUAAAAUUUUUCAGCAGAAAGUUUUUUCAGGUUCAUGACAUAAGUAUAUGAAUAACAUGUGUCACCACAGUUUGCUGUUUGUCUAAUUUAGGAGUAAGAAUUUUGUUUUCUAAAAUAAAUAUUGGAAAUCCUCACAUCACUUUGUGAUCCAGGACGAGAAUAACAUCACUUUAGGAUAAGAGUGUCCUUAGAAAUGUGAAAGCCACCACACUAAUGGAGGCUCAGAACAUCGAUACAUUGUUAGGGAGAUAGCUGAAAUUUCUUCCUUUUUGGCUUGCUUUAACUCUGUGUUUAGUCUCCCUUUUUGCAAAUGUAAAAGAUACAUACUUGCAUCUGCUUAGGUUUUUCAAGAAUGUUUGAGAAU